CAUCAUGUCCACAUCUGGCCAGAUAUCACCAACCACGGUCCACAGAAUGGGCACUGUGAAUGGGGAACCUUACCUUCCGCUUCCCACCCAUGCCCAUGUCGUCUUAACACCCUUCCGCUCGGCAGACCAGAAUGCCAUGGUGGGGCUGUGCAACAUCCCGUCAGUCGGAAUGUGGUUUUACCACCGUGCUUAUCCAUAUGCGGCCUCCGACUUCCAAUUAGAACUGGCCAAGACUCUUCCGGAGCAAGAGCAGGCGAUUGCGGCCAUCAAAGCCAACGAGCGCCCCUCUACAUUCCCUUUCAAGGUCAUCCGGGAUGUCAGAACCAACAACUUGAUCGGCGAGGUCGGCAUCUUUCCUUCGCCUGAGCACCCUCCCAGCGAGGAAGUAUGGGAGCUGAGCUACACCCUGCAUCCCGAUUACCAAGGGCAGGGCAUUGCCCGGGCAGCAGUCCGCGAGUCAGUAGAAUGGGCGCGUACUGUUUUGGGCGUGAAGAAGCUGGAGGCCUAUGCCCAACCCCGGAACUCGCCGUCGACCAAGCUGCUGGACAAGCUCAACUUCAAGGUACUGGAUGUUAAGACGUAUCCUUGGCCAGAGGAGAAAGGAGGCGGUGAAGCGACGGCUGCGCGGUAUAUGAAAGUGUUGUAGAGUUGUAUUGCGGCCAAAUGAUCUGUACACUUCCUUAUCUCGGC